UGAAAAAAGGGUCGCGAUCGCUCGUGGACGAGAGGCACCCUCGUAGUAGCAUCUCGAUCGUCCUCGUGGCGCGAGUCGCUCGUCAGGUGGAAACGCGAUGGACGAUGAGCACGUGCUUCGAUUCGUAGAUCGCGUAUCCGAAAACGUGUCGGAGCCGGCACGCUCGUUGCAAUUAUAUCGCGAAUAGCUCUCGAACGAGAGUGAAAGCGCGAGCACUGUUGCAUGCGGAAGCGGCUGCUUUGCAUUUCGAUCUUUAUCACGCGACGUACAGAAUCGAUCAAUUUUCAUCGAAAACGUAUCCGGCGAUCUGUGACUCGUUCGGUGUCGCGAUCUCACGUUGAAUCGUACACGUAAAAUUAAUCAGCUGCAUAUUGGUAAAAAUUACGUCAGUCUUCCCCGCGUUGUAUAAAGUUCUCGCGAAAUCCUCGGUCGAGUGUGGGAACUGUGUAUCGCGGAUCUAGAUCACGUUAAAGUUUUCGGGAAGAGUCACGUGCGGAGUGCGCGAGUGGAGAGAAGAAUGAGUUUGUGACGAAUCCGAGACGUCACCGAUGGUUCAUGAGGACUUGUGAAGUUUCUAGUGAAUAUAUGGCAACAUCCACGGUGGCGGAUCGUCAUGAAAUCGUCGAAAGAACUUCCCCGGAUGUUUUCGAGCGCGUCCUUCCCAUGAACGUCUGUCCGCCGAGCAGCUUCCCAGACAAAUUUCAGGAUUUCUUUGCGGCGCUUACCGAGGACGGUGAUGAUCUACCCAGUAUGCUCGAGGAUAAGCUUAUACCGAGAAAGCCGGAUGGCACGAGUGUCGACGCGAAAAGCCGGCGCUGGAGCAAAAGGAGUGUCCAGAGGCGGAGCAGCGAGGUCGAGGUCCGUCUACAUAAUACAUCGCUGUCCGGAUUUCAGGGUCACAGCUGUGUAGAUGGACUAAAGUCACCGACCCCCUCGAGACGUAGAAGCUCCAGCAUCGCGGUUGCCAGACCCACGCCGGACUUACACAGAUUUCUACAAGCGGAGGCCGGCCCCUGGGGUCACCUGUCACCCUCUCCUAGGAGCCCGACCAGAACACCGGCGCUGAGUCCUGGUGCCGCGUCGUCGUCAUCGCGUUUAAGCGCAAACGCGAGUCCGAGCGGUCCCAGUCCGACGAGUCCUUCCGGUUCAGCUGGCUUGACGUCCGGAAUGCGUGGAGGUUCCGCCCCGAGGCAGUAUCGUAGCAGAACGAGUAGCAUGCCGGCGGUUCCACGUCACAGGCCGAUGCUGGCCGAUACGAGACGCGGAGGUGGCGCAGCGGGAGGUGAAGAAGGUGAGAUCGAAGACGGGAUCGAGUAUUACAGACUCCGAUCUUUCUCCAUAACUGCGAACGGGAUUUACAACUUGGGUGAUUCGUUGAAGACACGCCGCAGCAGGAGCAUCAACAGCGUCACCUCCUCCACCAGCUGCAGCAGCACCCGGGAAGGUAGAUUACUCAGUUCGGCCUCGCAGCUCUCCGGCAUGGAGGCAGAAGAGGAAGCUGGCGAGAAAGUGGCGACGUAUAAAGUGGGCAUGCUGGGCGCGUCGGAAGUCGGGAAAACUGCUCUAACUGCACAAUUCACUACGAGCGACUACAUUUGCGCUUACGAUGCUUCUCUCGACGACGAGUACGGAAAGAAGAAUGUGUCCGUGAUGCUUGAUGGCGAGGAGACGGAAUUGGAAAUCAUUGAUCAUCCCGCCGCAGAGAUGUCAGUCGAGACCUUUUGUUCAUCUUACAAUCCGGACGUGUACGUGGUGGUGUACUCGGUGGUGGACAGAAGAAGCUUAAAGGUGGCCGAGGAGACGCUGCUCUAUUUGUGGAAGAGCGAUUACAUGGCGACUCACGGUGUCAUUUUGGUUGGCAAUAAAGUGGACCUCGAGAGAAAGCGGGAGGUCCCAUCGGUGGUUGGCCGUCGUCUGGCGAACAGUUGCGGUUGCAAGUUCAUCGAAACCUCUUCGGGUUUGGCCCAUCACGUGGACGAGCUCCUGGUCGGCAUUCUGGCACAGAUCAAGCUGAAUCCGCAGCGCAGCCGGGACCAAGCGACCAGGCGCCGUCGUAACAAGUACCGCAGACGUAUUCUAAAGCAUCUGCUCGGCUUCAAGAGGAAAACCAAGAGCUGCGAGAACCUCUUCGUUCUCUAACGUUCUUCUCGUAUGACGCCUCGUGUACGGCGCAAGAAAGGAAAGUGAUUUCAACGGAUAUCGAGCGCCCAAGAGUGUCGUUCUUCGGUCCGCAAAUACGUGUGCUAUCUUCGCGAAUAGGUGAGGAUCGUGCGACGUAGUCGAGUAAACGUAUCUGACAUAGGAUGCCACGCGGUGAAUCAGUAACGCGAGGCACACAACGCGAAGAAUAUCGAGCAAAUUCUCGGAAUGUCUGGUUUAAAUUGGAAUACAAAGAAAUUCACGUACCGAUGGCGAGUAGCGCGCGUGAAAGAAACAAGACCUCAGGGCUUUUGUAUUCGUGCGCAGAAAAAUAAUAGAUCACGCCGGUCUUUUCAACAUAAAAACGAAGCUCUUUCAUCGAAAUGCAACGCAAGUUUUUUGCUGCCCCCACUAGAGACAUAGGUUGCGUUCCGAAAUUCACUGCCAGUACUGAAAAUCUAUAGUAUACGUAACAUGAACUAUAGAUUUUCAGUACUUGCAGUGUAUAUCGGAACGCAGCCACACUUGCAAAUAAUUCAAGCGAGGACGAACGAUUAAUCUUUUCCCACUGGAAUGUAUGUCCCAAUUUAAAAAAUUAUAUCUCUGGUAAAUAUUGAAUCAUUAAGGUUUAAUGGAAUUUCUUUUAUAAAGAAUUAUAUAAUAAAAAGUUUUAAUAAUUUUAAAAUUUUUAUAAAAAAAAUAUUGUGAUAAAUGCAAUUAUGAAAUAUAAAAGAAUUAUUUUCGUAGUAAGAUCCAAAGAUUUUUUAAUUAAGUUGUGAAAGAUUUAACACAAUGCACAGUACUAGCCUCGUUCAAAUAAAAUUCUGAUAAUGUUUUUAUUAUAUAUAUAUAUAUAAAGUAUAAAAAAAAACUAUCAAAUUUUUUAUAUCGAUGAUAUAAUUUAAUUAAUAAUAUAUUUUAUCUCAAUAAUAGAAGAAUAUAAUAACGUCGAUCAGAUUGAAAAUUUUUGGACCUUAUUACGUAUUUCUUACCAAUAUGAUGAUAUAUUUGUUUUAUAAAUUAAAUUUAUAUUUUAUGACUUUGAAAAUGUUUCGAUAUAAACUUAUUAAGAUAAAAAUUUUUAUUGUUUUUUUACAUUUGCCAUAAUAAAAGCGCCAUUUUGAACUGUUA